AGUGACUUGGGUGCCUAUGCAAUGAAAGCGCACAUGCCAUAACUCUAACCCAAGCCCCAAAGCAGGAAGCAUGAGAGAAUAACAGAGUGAAAGAACUGGGUUUCUGUUUCUCUAGACUCACUGCUGGGGCUUUCCGUGUAUUAAAUUGCACUGGAAAUCCGUACCGACUUUUAUAUCUCCAAAAUUACCGGGCUUCAUUACCCAGUUCCCUUAGUUACCUAUCUACGCUGGCAAUGCGGAGACGCGCCGUCUCCGGAAUAUUCCUUCUCUCACCGUCGCCGGACGCUUACAAAAAGAGCUGCUCAGUUCAGUGGGAUUCAUAGCCCGAGAUCUACUGAAGAGCCCUGCUCAUUUUCCAAAAUAUACAGCAUCUUUCUGGAUCUGAUAGCCCCUGAAAACCGGCGGCUCCUGGAUACGGAAACCCGCACGCCGCAGCUAUGGGCCAUCUUGUGACGGUUGCGACCUGCAGCUUGAACCAAUGGGUUCUCGAUUGGGAGGGCAACCUUGGCCGGAUCAUCGAGAGCAUCCACCAGGCAAAAGCUGCGGGGGCGCGGCUCCGUGUCGGUCCUGAACUGGAAAUCUGCGGCUACUCGAGUCUGGACCACUUCCAUGAGCUCGAUGUCUACACCCACAGCCUGGAGAUGCUCCGCCGGCUGCUGCUGGACAAGAGCACGCACGGCAUCCUCCUCGACGUCGGCGUGCCGAUCCUGCACCGGAACCUACGGUACAACUGCCGCGUCAUCUGCCUCGACGGCAAGAUCCUCCUGAUCCGGCCCAAGAUGUGGCUCGCCAACGACGGCAACUACCGCGAGAUGCGCCACUUCACCCCCUGGAUGCGCCCCCGCGAGACCGAGCUCUUCCACUUGCCCAAGAUGCUGGCCGAGGUGCAGGGCGAGACGCACGUCCUGUUCGGCGACGCCGUCAUCUCCACCCCCGAGACUGCCUUUGGCGCCGAGACCUGCGAGGAGCUCUUCACCCCCAAGGCCCCGCACAUCGACAUGGCCCUGGAUGGCGUGGAGAUCAUCACCAACUCCAGCGGCAGCCACUUCACCCUGCGGAAGCUCGACACCCGCCUGCAGCUGAUCAUGGAGGCCACGCGCAAGUCGGGCGGCGUCUACCUGUACGCGAACCAGCAAGGCUGCGACGGCGAGCGUCUGUACUUCGACGGCUGCGCCAUGAUCAUUGUCAACGGCGACGUCGUCGCCCAGGGGUCGCAGUUCAGCCUCAACGACGUCGAGGUGGUCACUGCCACCGUCGACCUCGAGGAAGUGAGGUCCUACCGCGCUGCCAUCUCCCGCGGCCUCCAGGCGGCCGCGUCCACCGCCAAGUACCAGCGGAUCCAGACGCCCUUCGAGCUCAGCUCCGAGGAUGACGACGCCGACGUGUCCAAGGCCCCAAGCCUUCCCAUCCAGCCGCGGUACCAUCCUGUCGAAGAAGAAAUUGCCCUCUGCGGCGGCUGCUACCUUUGGGAUUAUCUCCGCCGGUCCGGCGCUGCGGGCUAUCUGGUUCCCCUGAGCGGCGGCAUUGACUCCUGUGCGACCGCCGUUCUCGUCUACUCCAUGUGUCGAAUCGUCAUGAAAGCCGUCGAAGAAGGGAACCAGCAGGUGAUCGAAGACGUCAAGCGCAUCGCAAGGUACGGCGACGAGGGCGUCCUGCCCAAGACGCCGCAGGAGCUCUGCAACCAGGUCUUCACCACGCUCUACAUGGGCAUGAAGAAGCAGAGCUCGCGCGAGACGCGCCAGCGCGCAAGGGACCUCUCCGCCGCCAUCGGCAGCUACCACGUCAACCUCGACAUUGACGACAUCUACGAGGCGCAGAAGAAGCUCGUCGUGGACACGGUCGGCUUCGAGCCCCGGUUCAAGGUCGAGGGCGGCUCCGUGCAGGAGAACCUGACGCUCCAGUGCUUGCAGGCACGAAUCAGGAUGGUGACGGCCUACGAGUUUGGGCAGAUUCUCCCCACGGCUCGCAAGAGACCCGGUGGCGGCAGCUUGUUGGUGCUUGGGAGCGCUAACGUUGGCGAGAGUACGUUGCCCCCUUUUUUUCCAAGACAAAUUGAUGGAGGGUCAUGGUGAUUUAAUGCAUGGUUACGUCUAGGUCUACGAGGCUAUUUGACCAAGUACGACUGC